AUGUCCCACCCAGGUUGCUGCAUGGCUGUGGAGGUGAAGGUGGAGUCUUGUCCAACAUGCCGCUUCAAUCCCAAAGUUGAGAAGUUCACCGAAAUGUGCAAUACCAUGUUUGGUGACAAGAUAGCGAUCGCCUCUGAGGACAGCGGCAAAGGCAAGUGUGUCAUCUCGAUCGGCGAUGACGUCGUCUUCGAGCAGAUUGGCAAGGGAAAGGGGAAAGGAAAGGACAAGGACAAGGGCAAGCACCAUGACAAAGGCAACGGCAAAGACAAAACGAAUGACUGGGGUGAGGACGGCGACGAGGGAAAGGGCACGGGUAAGGACAAGGCUAAGGACAAGUCCAAUGAUGAGGGCAAGGAUAGGGAAGACCACUGGGACAAAGGUAAAGGCAAAGAGAAGGGCAAGGAUAAGCACAAGCACAAGGAUAAGGACAAGGAGAAGGGGAAGGCAGACCACAUGGACAAAGGUAAAGGAAAAGAGAAGGGCAAGGAUAAAGACAAUGGCAAGGGUAAGGACAAGCAGAAAGGUGAGAGCGACGAUUGGGACAAAGAGGACUGCCAGGGCAAGGGCAAGGACAAAGACAAGGACAAGGGCAAGGGCAAGGCAAAGGGCAAAGGCAAGGAGAAGGACAAGUGCACGCAGAAAGGAGGGGAUGAGGAUUGGGAGAUUAUACCGGACGGCAAGAGCAAAGACAAGGACAAGGGCAAAGAGAAGGGCAAGGGCAAGGAGAAGGGCAAGGGCAAGGAGAAGGGCAAGGGCAAGGACAAGGACAAGGACCACGACGACUGGAACAGCCCGUUCGGAAGGCCCACGCCGGAGGAGCUGCUCGCGGCGCUGCGGAAGAUCGGGGAGCGGGUCGGUGUGCCCGUCCCCGACGAGCCAGACGGUAUUGCCGACCUCGAAAGGCUGCACAAGGAGCAGCUUGCGCAGUGGCCCGCGCCGCCAGAAGCGUGA